CCCACCGCGCAGUUAGGCGCAGGUGGUCGAGCCCCAACCUCCUAGACGCCGGGUGGGGCCUGGGGGUCUCCGAGUCCGGGAUGUGGGGGGCUCCGGCCGGGGUUCUGUGCCUGCUCGUGCGGUGACCUGGGAGUUGGGGGGGACGAUACUGGCGUGAAGAGUGUCCUAGGGCGCCUGUCCUUCCGCAUGGCGUCGGUGGGAGGGGACUGGCCGCGCUGGUUCAGGUGUUGAGGACAGUGAUGGUCACCCACGGAGAGACGUCUGGGAGACUCUUCUGCAGGCGUCCUUCUGUCUACACGCAUCGAGAACCUUCCGUGUGAGCUUCAGAGGAACUUCCAGCUCAUGCGAGAGCUGGACCAGAGGACAGAAGAUAAGAAGGCAGAGAUUGACAUCCUGGCUGCGGAGUAUAUCUCCACGGUGAAGACGCUGUCCCCGGACCAGCGUGUGGAGCGCCUGCAGAAGAUCCAGACCGCCUACAGCAAGUGCAAGGAGUAUAGCGAUGACAAGGUGCAGCUGGCCAUGCAGACCUAUGAGAUGGUGGAUAAACACAUCCGAAGGCUCGACGCAGACCUGGCGCGCUUUGAAGCGGAUCUGAAGGACAAGAUGGAGGGCAGUGACCUUGAAAGCUCUGGAGGACGAGGGUUAAAAAAAGGUCGAGGUCAGAAAGAAAAAAGAGGCUCCCGGGGUCGUGGCAGGAGGACCUCAGAGGAAGAUACUCCAAAGAAAAAGAAGCAUAAAGGAGGGUCUGAGUUCACCGACACCAUCCUGUCUGUGCACCCCUCCGAUGUGCUGGACAUGCCUGUGGACCCCAAUGAGCCCACCUACUGCCUGUGCCACCAGGUGUCCUACGGGGAGAUGAUAGGCUGUGACAACCCAGACUGUCCCAUUGAGUGGUUUCACUUCGCCUGCGUGGAUCUAACCACGAAACCCAAAGGAAAAUGGUUCUGUCCACGGUGCGUUCAGGAAAGGAGGAAGAAGAAAUAAGGCUGGUGCCCAGACGAGAAGAGCAAGUUAAUAUAUUCCUUUUUCAUGUUGCAAUAUUUUCUCUUCAUUUAAAACUACCUUGUUUCAAAUGAUAUUUAAAAACUCAGUGGCCAGUUGUAAUUCUGGAUACUUCCUAAAACAAACAAAAAUCCACCUGAGCCCUGUUUGCACGAGGAGCGAUCUUACGGGGACUUGCCACAGUGACUUUAUUCUGGAGACUUUGUACUGGCCCCGCGCAGGCGCGCCGAGCAGCUGAGCCUUCCGUGGGGGCUGCGGCGGGGACCGUCCAGCCUGUGCACUGCCCUCACUCUGGAGCCGAGGCGUGAGCCUGCGGGGUCCGUGCGUGCUUUCCUGGGGCUGCGCCCAGCACCACUGGAAACACAUCUGUCCCCGCCGAGGCGCCUGCGUGCGUGGGAGCUGGCGAGGCCUUGCAGGAGCUCGUCCGCCAGUCCCAGCUCUGCACCGAGCCCAUGGCCUGUCUGGGAAGGGCAGGGCUCUCCCCGGAGGAGGAGUCUCUGCUUUGCUGUGCACUGCCUUUCUCGUCAGGACUCCCAGUUCCCUCCGUGAGGGUUUUACCUUCUGGAGUAAACGGCCCUUCAUUAGCACACGGGCGGUCGUUACCCUGACGGGCCGCGAGAGACGUGCGACUCACAGCUGAUGCUCCGUUUCUCUGGGAAUUCCUGACAUUUUUACUGUGAAGAUGAAAUUAUCGUACUAGUAUGAAGAUAGUGGGUCUGUGUGUCUGUGACGUGAGUCCAGUCCAGUAAGAGCCGAUUUUAAACCUGUCAUGUCGCACACCGGUCAGCAGCUUAUGUCCAAGGGACGACGAUUGUGUGAUGCGAUUUGUGAAUUUCUCGUGCCACGGCAGUUCUGGAAUGAAGCUUGGAAACUAGAGUGUGUUUUCUGUUUAAUCUGCAUUCACCAAACCAAUCUUGAACUGUGUUUUUGGGAAUUGUUGGGGGAAAUUGCAUACAUUUGGCGUGUUGAGAUCCAUUUGUGAUGGUGCGUAGUGUGACUUCUGGGAGCAAGCGUGGACUCAGAGACCCUCCAGCAUACAAUUAGAGAAGUCCGAGGAGUCCCGAAGAAAGAGGGAAGCCUGUUUCUGUCCUCGAGGCAGGCAAAGACACCCAGGAGGCCGAGUCGAGAUGUGAAAUUCCCAAUUGAAAAAGAGAUUCUUGUCUUCUUCAUCAGGGGGCCUUCUGGAACGGUGCACCUGUGUCCUCCAGUGGCCUUGCUCACCGUAUGUUCCUCCUGUUCUCUAAUCUUUCACCAAGGACAGGAGAGGACACAGAGAGAAACCUGGGGGCUGUGUGCCGCACGGGCCACUCCUCACCGAUGGUCGGUAAAGGAGAGCUGAAUGCUAGACGUCACAGGGCAGAGGGGUUCCCGCUGGAGCCUGCGUCUGUGGUUCUCAGCCGGUCAGCCUGCACCACACGUGCUGUCCUGCCGUCCUUCUUGAGCUUCCAGGUGACUGCGGGGGGGGGGUGUCAGUCGGAGAGCGCCACCCUUUCCGUCCCGGGCUGCGUGGUUUAGGGUAGGGGUCAGCAACCGGCCUGAUGAGCUGUCCGGGACUGAUGCCUCCCUGCUGCUCAGAAAGGAGGGGUGGGGGCCUCAGGAUGAGCGCUGGCUGGCACGCGCCCCUCAGUCUGCCACAGCUGAGAACGAGGCUCGUUUGUAUUUAGUAACUUAGCUUUUUGUUAACACAGGUGUUUAAAGAUUGUGGGGAAUAAAUUGUGGAAAAUUGUUUUCUUCACUCUUUUACCAGUUUUCGUGGAGAGGAUAGGUAAGUACACGAGUUUGUGAUGAUUCUUUGGAAGCUAGUUUAAUAUUUGCACUGCAUCUUACAACACUUCCCGGCCACCGUCAUUAUGGGGAAACUGGUGUCUGGGGGUGUGGGUGCCUGGGUUCCGGGGCCUCACUGGCUGCGCAGGGGGGAUGGCCGACUUCCCCGUCCGGAGCUUGUGUGUCGCGUGUGAUGCUGUCCUCUGCCUGUCGCCGUGUCACAGCCCAGCUGCCGGCCUCCUCCUUGUGGGUUUCUGUGCCUGCGGUCGCCGGUGUCUACUUUGGUCAGUCACAUAAGUAUCUCCAAAAGAGCGUACGUAGAGCUUGGGCGAAAACAAGACAUGAGCAGAAUAGGAAGAUUUGUUCCCUCCGACGCCAUUUGGGUCACCACGGAUCCGCUGUUCCUUCCUGACUGUGAAUGCUGUCCGCGAGUCAGAGCGGUGCUCAAUGGCUGUUUGCUUGGGGAAAAAUGUCCUGCCAGCUGGUCUGGGUCUAGCCCCGUAGGCCUGGCCCCCUACAUCUUGGGGUGACUCCCGCCAGACCCCCUCUGCCUGCCGGGCACUAGGUCUGAGCCGGCGGCGGCUGCAGAACCCUGAUCCUUGGGUUGAGGGGGUCUGGGCUGGGCCCAGAGGUCCCUCUUGCAGCUGUGUCUGAGCCGAGGGUGCGGGCCCUCCACGGCUGUGGGGUUGACUUGUAGGGAAGGAGCACCGUGGUCAGAAGAGCCUCCGCGUGUUCCUUGUUCUCAGUGCACUAUCAGCAGUCAGCAAUUGG